AUGGCAAGGCACUUCUCUCCCUCGCCCUCGCCCUCGCCUCUCCCCUCCUCCGCCAAGAGCCCCGUUAACGCCGCCGCCGCCGCGCGCGGAGGAGGUGGCCUCCAGUGGCUAUUCGGGAAGCGGGGCUGGAACAGCAGAGCGCGGCACGGCCGACAGCCGCUCGCGGCGGCGGCGGCGGCGCAGAUGGGAGCUGACUACGGCGGCGACGUCGUCGACGGGGAGGAGAUGGAGGGCGAGGAGGACUUCUUCUUCGUGUCGACGCCGUACCUGUCGACGCCGUCCGUGGGCCCGUCGCCUAGGAAGAGAGGGGAGGCGCUGGCGCGGCUGAGGGCGGCGGUCCUGUCCGUGCUGGCGCGCGCGCGGCGCGGGCGCGGGGGUGCUGCCGGGUCGGCGCGGGUGCUCACCGGCACCAUCUUCGGCAGGCUCCGGGGCCGCGUGCACCUCGCUCUGCAGACCGACCCGCGCGCCACGCCGGCGAUGAUGCUCGAGCUCGCCGGCUACUCCACCGGCGCCCUCGUCAGGGAGAUGGCCUCCGGCCUCGUCCGCCUCGCGCUCGAGUGCGAGAAGGCGCCGCCGCACCCAGGCGAGAAGCGGCGGGCGGCGCUACUGGAGGAGACGACGUGGCGGGCCUACUGCAACGGGCGCAAGUGCGGGUACGCGGUGCGGGGGGACUGCGGCGCCGAGGAGUGGCGCGUGCUGCGCGCCGUCGAGCCGGUCUCCGUCGGCGCUGGCGUGCUCCCGGACGGCGGCGGCGUCGGCGGCGAGGGGGACAUGAUGUACAUGAGGGCCAGGUUCGAGCGGGUGGUGGGGUCGAGGGACUCGGAGGCGUUCUACAUGGUCAGCCCCGACGGCAACGCCGGCCCCGAGCUCAGCAUCUACCUCCUCAGAGUUUGACAUCCAUCCAUCCAUCCAUCCAUCCAUCCAUGGCGUCUAGGGCUAGAGGAAGAUGACGACGGUGACGCAAGCGUGAAGUGUGUGUGAUGUCAGCACGUUGGUACGAAGCUAGCUAGAAAACGUGCCAUAGCUAUAUAUAGGAAUCUGUACGUUGCUAUGUUUAUGCAUGCAUGCGUGGUCCUAUAUAUAUCUGCAUGGGUUUAUAAUUAUAUACGUUGUUCAAGUUAAUUUGGUCUUUUAUUUCGUUAAUUAUGUGGUGAAAUAUAUAGCCGGCCGGUGGCUUGAUUGUGU